AUGAGGUGGAGCCUGGUGACCUCCCAGCGGCUGCUCAUUGUGCUGGUGACUAAGGACAGAGCGAGUAACUUACUAAAGAGGCAUGACACCCUUCUUUCUAUUGCAGCGAACCUGCCAGUGCCGACAAUCGCUGCCCUGGACGGACUCGCUUUAGGUGGUGGUCUGGAACUGGCAUUAGCAUGUGACAUACGAGUGGCAGCUUCCUCUGCCAAAAUGGGCCUGGUUGAGACAAAGUUGGCAAUUAUUCCCGGUGGAGGGGGGACGCAGCGCCUGCCACGUGCCAUUGGGAUGUCCCUGGCCAAGGAGCUCAUCUUCUCUGCACGGGUGCUCGAUGGCCAAGAAGCCAAAGCAGUGGGCUUGGUCAGCCACGUCCUAGAGCAGAACCAGGAGGGCGAUGCUGCCUAUAGAAAGGCCUUAGACCUGGCGAGAGAGUUCUUACCUCAGGGACCUGUUGCAAUGCGAGUGGCAAAAUUAGCAAUUAAUCAGGGGAUGGAGGUCGAUUUAGUAACAGGGUUGGCCAUAGAAGAAGCUUGCUAUGCUCAGACCAUUCCAACAAAAGACAGACUUGAAGGUCUUCUGGCUUUUAAGGAGAAAAGAUCCCCUCGCUAUAAGGGGGAGUAGAACAGACAGCGGCCUUGGAAGUGCGAGUGUAACAGUGUGCUUCUGGGAAUGGCUCAGCGCCUGAUCUCCGUGACCAAAGCGAGGAGCGGCGAGCCGGCGGCGCCCCUGGAGGCGGCCCACGUGCACUUGUCCCACUGUGUAAUGCCACUCAGCCAGAGUGUAAGCUAGCGUCCCGUCGAAACAGAUCCAAACGUAGGUAGGCAUUCUAAGACAUUUCCUGCAUAUGAAGCUUUCUGUUCUUAGUUUUUGAUGUGAAUAAUGUAUAUACUGCCCUUCAGGAAUAAUGUUGAUUGUAAGUCUACUGUGCUGCAAUAUGAAAAUAAAAUUAUUUCUAUAGACCCAAAA